GAAUUGAGGUUAGGUUCUCUUAAAUUAUACAUUUAAAACUUGAUUUAAUUAUAUUUUUCAUUUUAUUUAAUUAAAAAAGAUAUACAUAAUAAUGGCAGAAACGGUUCAGAAAAAUAUGGAGUUAAUGGUUAAAGAAAUGAGGCAGUUUAGAGAUUUAAAAAUACUGAAUGAUGAAGAAAUAAAAGAAUUACUUAGAAGAAGAAAACAUUACGAAUAUAAAAUUAAUGGUAUAACAAAAAACUUAAACGAUUACCUAGAUUACAUAAAAUACGAGUAUGCUUUAUUAAAAUUAAUUAAAAUACGAAGAGCAAACUCCAAAGAUAAAUGUUCAGGUGAAAGAAAAAUAAUUACAAGAAUAAAAAGAUUAUACGAAGUAGCUGUCAUGAGAUUUCCUCAACAUUUACAAGUUAGUCUUGAUUAUUUUAAAUUUUGUAAAGAAGUAAAGUUUCUAAGUGAAGUGCGUUCUAUACUUUCGAAAAUGAUCAAGAAUCAUCCAAAAAAGGAGGAAGUUUGGCUAAUAACUUCUCAAUUUUAUUUUAAAGAUUUAAAAGAUACAAAAUUUGCGUUAAAAACUUUACGGAAAGGUUUAGCUAUUCUUAAAAACAGCAAGUUGUUGUUUAAAGAAAUAUUUAAAGUUGAAGUUUUGGAUGUUGUAAAUAAACAAUCUUCUGAUGUAAACAAGGAAAAUGAUGAAGAAGAAAAUGAAAACGAGAAAAUGUGUGUUAAAAAAUUAUUAUUGUACUUUGAGGAAAUGAAAAAACUUAUUGAGGAUAUCGAUGUUUAUAUGGAAAUUUUACAAUUUUUGAAAGACUACAAAUUUACUUUACCUGUUCAAAAAAGUAUUGUUCAUCAUUUAUAUUGCAAUUAUUCUGAGGAAUUAGCUGUUUGGAAUGCUGGAGUACCUUGUUAUGAUAUUGCUUAUAAAAUGACUGAAUGAUUUAAUAAAUCUGUUCAUAGAUAAACUA